CACACCCCACCUUCUCCUCAGCCCACUGCCCUCUCCCUGCUUGUCUGGACUCAUCCCUUUGGGACCCGAUUCUGAGAUGGGCUCUGGCCCUCGCCAAAGCUCGUGCCCAUUCCCCCAGGUCAUGCUGGGAGACAGAAUGUAAAGGGAGGCAGCCCUUGGCGGCUGCCCCAGCUCCGGUCACUACAUGAUUCACUCUGGUUAAACCCUUCCAGGCAGCCAGAGUGGUGAAGAUCUGUGACCCGCUGGAGGAGCGGGCCAAGGGGACAGGAGGAGAAAUCCUCAGCCCUGUUUCCCAAUCUGGCCGGGUGCACCUUGCCUCACUCAGGCUGAGGAAAGUGGCUGUUGCUCCAUUACCUUGAUUGUGCAAGGCCAGGGCCGGGGAGCUCACAGCCCAGAGUUCACACCUUCUCAUGAGCAGUGGCUGUGGCUUCUUGGCACGCUGGCAAGCUCUUGCCGCCUGGGAGGGUGGGUGACGCCAGAGCCCCUCCCUUCGUAACUCCUCCCUGGAGUCCUCAGGAGAUCAGUAAACAAAUGGAACCCAGGCCUGAUGUCUUCAUUCCCAUCGGGAGCCAGGACACCUUGUUUCACUUGUCCCACAAAUAUUUAUCAAGCAGGUGCAGACUGCUGCUGGGAGGCAACCACGAGACAGACGGGCCUCCCUGCCCCUCAGGGCCUUAUGGCGUGCUUGAGGAGACAGGACGUUACUGUCGGGGGACGGUCCGGCUGUGACCGUCUACAGCAGAGCAAUGAAGCUAGACUGUGUGGAGGGGCAAUUAGGGGGCUCAUGCUUUGGCCCCCCUGGUCAGGGAGGAGAACGCUGAGGGCAGGGUCAUCCCAGCUCAGCAGUGACAGGUGAGAGAAGCAAGAAGAGCUUCCCAGGUGGUAGCAUAUAGCAGGUAGACAGGCCCCGGGAGGGCGACAGAUGCAUGCUCCUGCCCUGCAGGGGGAGGUCACAAUGCCAACCGUGGGGAGGUAGCCUGUCCUGCAGAAGAACCACAGGAUUUUUCCAGAUUCUAUGGACAAAUCCAGGAACAUGUGUAAGAACGGAUAUUAAGAGGUGGGAUGGUGGUGAAAGGAAUAUAAAGUUGGAUCAGGCUGUAUUUAUUGAUAGGGGCUCACCAAGCAGAAAUUCGAGGUUUAAUGGUGCAGCUCGGGAUGAGAGGGGCUCGCACUGUUUGGUUGCUCUGUUGGCUGAGACGUGGCCGGGAAGGCGGCCUGCACUAAAUGGAGGGGACGUGCCAGCACUGCCUUAUUUGAUGGAGGGGAGGGUUCAAAGGCUUAGGGAAAUGGGAGUGUCAGAGUGGAUUUAUCCUUUAAAAUCUGCUCCCCCACCUCGGGGUCCAGAGGGCACACCUUUCACCGUGAUUGUGAGGAAGCCCCAGCAUCUUCUCGAGGCCAGAAAUUACAUACAGGACUGCCAGCGCGCUGGGAACACGAAGUGCAAUGGGGUCACUGGAUCCCGAGGGGCAGCGGUCACGCACCAGCACGGUGACUGGGACUGCCACGGAGUCGGAGCGCUGGUCAGCAUGGUGUGAGGCGCACGGAGCUGGGCCGUCGGCUAGCUGGUCAGGUGUUCCUGGAAGGGAAAGAGAUGCGAAGCCUCCUGAGCUCUUACUGAUCUGAAUGAGCAGAGGUGCUCCAGGUCAAGGGACCAGAAGUCUAACUGGAAUCCUAGAAGCGGAGAGUCACGAUCCCUCCUUAGUCGGUUCCCAGCCUUGAGCCAGUGUACAGACCCAGGGAGGCAGGGUGCCUGUGAGGACGGAUCUUGGUACAUUGCCAAAAAUUGUAUAAUGUGAAUCUUUCUCCCAGCCUUCCCCAAAAGGACCUACACUGGGCUGGCUCUGUACUGGGGAAAAGGAAAUAAUCAGACCUUCCGGGGACUACCCGACGCAGGCUCUGGACUGACUCCAAUUCCAGGGGACACACAGGCUCUGUGUCAAAGGAGGGCUGAUGGAGGCAGGCGGUCAAUGGAUUUUCAGCUCAGGCCUGUCUCCCGGUGGGCCCAGUGAGUCCCCAAACCCUUCCUGUGGUCACUCCCCAGUUCUAAAGCCAUUGUGGGAGCGGACAUACUCAGCAGCUGGGAGCAUCCCCGUGUUGUGAGGACGGGGGCCUGCAGGUGUGGAGUCGGGUGGUGGAGGAGGGAUGAGGUUGCAAUGGCUGGGGGGGGAGGGGCGGGGAGGCUGGCGACACUCUUGGCCAGUCCGCUCAUGCCUUGGUGACGGGACUCUGCUCUUUCCCCACAGGCCUGGAGUCCCUGCUCUGGUGUGCGGUCACUGGUCUGUGCAGGGGCUGCUGGCUCACUGUGUGACCUUGGGUGGAGCACUUAACCUUCCUCUGUGGAAUCCAGCCUGUCUCCUGGGUGGGGGGGUGGGGCAGGGCGUGAAGGCAGAUGUGUGGAUUCCGAGCAGAUGUCACUCUGUGGCUUAGAUUCCAGACACCAACUUGGUCAGUGGUCAUCUGCGUAGAGGAAGUUGUGCAGCAGCUGGGCGGGGUCGGCACUGACAAAGUGCCAAGGACCAUGCAAAAGCACCCCAUUCAGGAGGGGCUUGUUGCUGUUUGCCCCUCCCCACAGUGUGGCAGCCUCCCUCUCUCGAAAACAUCUCUGUCUCUGCCCUGCUGGGGGCCAGUCCCGAUUGCAACUGCUACAGAGACCCCCCUUCCCACCCUGGGACUGCAGGGCAUGUGCCCUCCAGCCCACGAUUCCACUUCCUACCUCUGCCUGAGUCCUUCCUGCAGGAACACCUCUGUGGCCCAAGUUGGAACUGCCCUAGUCACCCGGGAUCAUUAUCAGCCCCGGGGCACUGCCCAGCCCAGCCUGUGAUCCGCACACUCCGAGUCUAGCAGCCAGCCUUGGCCAAGAGCAAGCCCACUGUAGAGAGAGAGACAGCCAGUGAGAGAGGGAACACAAGCAGGGGAGUGGGAGAGGAAGAAGCAGGCUCAUAGUGGAGCAGGGAGCCCAAUGCGGGGCUCGAUCCCAGGACUCCGGGAUCACGCCUUGAGCUGAAGGCAGAUGCUUAAUGACUGAGCCACCCAGGCGCCCCUGCUGAUGCAUAACUUAUUGACAGAAGAGGAGCCACGUUACCAGCGUCAGAGAAGCCUGAUGCCGCGCACCCUGGAUGGGCAGAUCACCAUGGAGGAAACCCCCAGCUACUUCGUGACUCGGGAGGCCCCUGGCCGCAUCCACGGCAUGUCUCCGGACACAAAGCUGAUCGUGGUGGUGCGGAACCCUGUGACUCGGGCCAUCUCCGACUACGCCCAGACGCUCUCCAAGACCCCGGGCCUGCCCAGUUUCCGCGCCCUGGCCUUCCGCCACGGCCUGGGCCCGGUGGACACGGCCUGGAGCGCCGUGCGCAUCGAUCUGUACGCCCAGCACCUGGACAACUGGCUGCGUUUCUUCCCACUGUCCCGCUUCCUGUUUGUCAGCGGUGAGCGCCUGGUCAGCGACCCGGCCGCAGAGCUGGGCCGCGUGCAGGACUUCCUCGGCCUCAGACGGGUGGUCACGGACAAGCACUUUUACUUCAGUGCCACCAAGGGCUUCCCCUGCCUCAAGAAGGCCCAGGAGAGGCCGCCUGUGUGCCUGGGCAAGUCCAAGGGCCGGCCCCACCCCCGGGUGCCCGCCGCCGUGGUCCAGCGCCUGCAGGACUUCUACCGGCCCUUCAACCGCAAGUUCUACCAGAUGACCGGCCAGGACUUCGGCUGGGACUGAGCAGGACAGGCCUGCCUGUGUCCUGCCUGGGGACACUCGGGAACCUCAAUGGAUGCCUGUCCCCUGGCCAGAGCAGCCUGUGUUCAGAUGCUGGGUAGAGAAAAAUAUUUAAGAAAUGCAGUUUGGAUCUGCGUUCUUCCAUGUCACCUUGAAGGUUGCAAGGUGGGGGUUGCAGGGGCCACCAUGCGGGGAAAUGGUCAUCACACCAGCUCUCGCUACAGGGCACUGUUCAUGUGCCAGGAGUGGUCCCAACCCCAACCCUCAUACAUCCCUUGAGGUGGGCAGUGAGCUUGGCAGCAUGUAACAGAUGAGCACCUGACGCUCAGAGAGGUUUAGGGCCAGCCUAAUGACACACAGCUUAGACCUGGUGAUCCUGGGCUCUCUGGUGAGCCCUGGGAUGCUGAGCUAUGUUGUCCCCAUGUUCUGCGUGAGGACACUGAGGCCCUAAGUGGCUCACUUGAGGCCUA